CGAACGCGAGAAUACGGCCCAAUAGCCGUCGAGAGCCUUGCAGUUCGUGACCUCGUCCAGGUGUGCCAUCAGCCACUCUGCUCUCCAGUCACCUUGCCCAGACUGUUGUGUUUCGAACUCAACAAUCAGCCACUGCUGGGCUUCACUGGUCCGUCUACCAAAAAUACGACCUGGAAGUGGGGUUGCGACACACGUCAUCGGUCGUCGCCCAUCAUCUGCCAACCCACCGCCGUACCUUCAGCUUCCAAGCGUCUCGCGAGGGCUCCUGAGAAGUCACUCUUUCCAACCACUCCGCCGACUUUUUUUAUCUCAAGACGACCAGCACAAUGUCGACUAGAGGACCCGAGCGCUGGGACCGUGAUCGCUUCGACUAUGAGCAAGAUCGCCCUCGCUACGACGACGACGACAGGCACUACAUGAGGGGUGGAGGACGUCCAAGGGACGACUACUACGAUGACCGCUAUGAACGCCGAAACCCUAGGUCUUAUGACGACGACAUUGUUCGUGAGCGCCGGUAUUACGAGGAUGAGCCUCGACAUGCCCCCCGCCGCGAGUACGCCCCGGAGUAUGAGCGCAGAGCUCCUCCAGUCAUGGAGAGGGAGCGGGAGUAUCGACGAGAUCGCUCGCCGCAACGCCCUGCCUUCCUGCGCCGCCAGUCGUCUCUAGAUACGUAUGAUCGUCGACCCAUGCGCAAAUUCUACGACCAACGUGAGGAGUACCCCCCACCUGCACGUCGUGAAGACGUCGCCCCGCGAGAUCCACGGGACGAGUACCGUGCGCCACCUUACACCGAUAUACCCCUCCCAAAAACCAAGACAAAGGCUCUCCCACCUCCCAGGCGAUAUGACGACCAGUACUACGACGACAUCAAGGUUGCUGAGCCAGACUACUACGGCGAUGAGCACUACCGCCCUUACCCUGACCGCGUGCGUGAGCGGGAGUAUGUCCGCCGCGACAGGCGAGACACAUCCCCAGCCACGACUCGGUCUACACGCACUCGCACUCGCCGGGGCAGUUCUCCCACGUCGACUGUCACCUCGAGAUCAUCCAGCAGCAGCGGUGGCACCACGAUCAAGAGUGAAUACCCUAAGAAGGGCAAGACGAGAAUCCCUGCGCGCCUCGUGUCCAAGCGUGCUCUCAUCGACAUUGGCUAUCCCUUCACUGAAGAGGGCAACACGCUCAUCGUGCAAAAGGCCCUUGGUCAGGACAACAUUGAUGAGCUACUCAAGCUGAGCGAGGAGUACAAGAAGAGUGAAAUGGAAGUGGCGGCAGCCCGCUCCUCCGCUGGAAACCUCCUUGAAGAUCGCAGAGACGAUCCCGUCUUCGUACCUCCUGCCGCUUCAGCUGCGCCCGCUCCCGCACCGCCACCUCCAGCGCCUGCGACGGUCGUCCCUCCGACACCUGCGCCCGCGCCGGCCCCUGAGCCCGUGGUUGUUGCGGCACCUCCUCCGCCGGCACCGGCACCGGCACCAGCUCCGGGUCCAGUCCCAGCCCCGGCUCCCGUGGUGGUCGACGCUGGGCCUCCGCCAGGUCGCGACUACUCUCCCUCUCGCACAUCCACUACCUCGAGCUGGGACUCCUAUCACCAUCACCACCACCACGAGGCCUCGGGUCCCAUGCCUGUGGGGCCUCUUGCCCUCGCGGAGCGCUCCCGUUCUCGCUCGCGUUCUCGAGGAGGGCGGGAGAUCCGCGCCGAAAUCCGAGCUCUGGAACGUGAGCUCGCCCAUCGCCCCAAGCACAGCACGGGUCCCGUCGGGGGCCGCGAGCUCGUACGCGCCGAGCGCUUGCCCAACGGGGAACUCGUGCUGUACGAGGAGCAGGUCGAAAAGGUCAUCCACCACUCGAAGCCACCGCGCAUCGAAAAGGACAAGAAGGGACCGCCGCCAAAGAUUGUCCGGGCCAUGCUGGGUACCAUUACCUAGGACCAAGGACUUGUCCGCGUGUAAAGAAGACUGGUGUUUCGAGAAGGCUGGUUUUUGGGGGCGUUUCUCGAUGGGCAUGUAGGAAGAGGAGGACGGGCCUACUAUUUCUUUUCUUGGGCACAGUACAAGGGAUCGGGUUGGAGAUCUUGGAUAGUAACGACGUUAUGACCACAUGACCUUGAACUUGCGUUGCCUGCCCUUGUGUGAUGUCGGCAGUAUUCGAGCGCGUGCUGGCCCGUGACUGGUGCGCUGUCGACCUAUUAGUUGCCCGACUGAGAAGGUGACCUCGGCUCUGUCGCCUGCGUGGACUGCCGAUUCGAUGGAUCUA